UGGCUCUCCAGUCCGCAAUCGUCGGUUUUGCCAACCAAACGUGCUUCAUUUUCCAUCCAACUGAAGAUUCGCAUCAUUUUUUUGUAUUGUAUAUUUUCCCGAUUCCGAGUCCGGAUCAGAGUUCAGAUUCUGCUGAUAGUGAAUCGGGGUUUUGCCAAUCAAAUUUCGAAGAGAAUGCAACAGGAGAACUGGCGUAUAACGACAGAAAAUCAUUAAAGGAUAUCGACGGUGACGCUUUUCUGCAAAUGCUGUAAGGAUAUCGAGGGAAGCAACAAAUACGAGGAUACGUGUCCAAAUACAAACAAAUACAAGAAAUACAAAUACAAAUAGAAGGAGAAAUAGAAAUAGAAAUACAAAUACCAACGCAUACUCAUACGCAGAGUGCUUGGCCAUUCAACAGCCUAAGCCUGACAACCCCUCAACCUCGCAACCUCUCACCUCAGCUAUUUGUCGCCGUAUCGAUUUUCCGUUACAUCGUUAUACACACACACUAACUAACCCAGUUGGCACUGGCACACUGCCAUUACGCAUACGCCCCGUGGCCCGACUCUGCGCCCGUCUGCCGACUCCCGCUUCGAACUCACACACACACCCGCAGAUGAGAGCGGCUUGGUGUGUGUGUAAAAGCGCGAGUGUGUCUGUGGGUUAGGUGGCAUACUAUACUGUAUAUGUAUCUGUAGCAGGUUCGAUAUCAAUAUUCGACUUGUGGCCACAAUUUGUUGCAUCUCGGAGGCACUGGAAGCAUGUUCCACUUGGCACGGACAAACCAUUUAGGGCUACAAUAGCAAUAGCCACUCUGUACAUAGACAGACACCACUCAUCGCCAUCGCCAUCGCCAUCGCCAAGGAGGGAGGCAUCAGCAACGCCAGUAGCGCCGCAUCCAAACAUCCAAACUCGUGACUUUUACUUUACAAAAACCAAACAUCCAACUUGAAUCCCGAAAGCAAUAUGGCGAGCACUCAGCAAUGGCAGAUGCAGCCAGGAAACUUGGCGGUAAUGAUGCUGCUCCUGGUGCUCCACCAGGUGCUGGCCCAGGGCCCGCCGCCGCAGCAGGUGUGCCCGGAGCAGAGCGACAUCUCGCCCUGCAUCUGCACUGUGAAAAAGAACGGCCUGGACAUCCUGUGCGAGACCACGGAUCUGGCCCACAUUACCAAGUCGAUGGGCACGCUUAAGGGCAAGAGUCCCAUCAUUUUCUACCUAAAGCUGCGCCACAACAACCUGCCCAAGCUGCAGGGCUUUGUCUUCCUGGCUCUGGACAUCCGCCACCUGACCAUUCACAACAGCAGCCUGGCGGCCAUCGAGGAGAAUGCCCUCAGUUCUUUGGGCAAGGGCCUUACCCAGCUGGACGUUUCUCUCAAUCAAAUGAAAACUGUGCCCUCGCAGGCUCUGCAGCAUCUGUUCCACCUGUUGAUCCUUAAUCUCAAUCACAACAAAAUCUCGGUGAUCCACAACAAUGCCUUCGAAGGCUUGGAAACCUUGGAGAUUCUCACGCUCUACGAGAACAAGAUAACGCAGAUAGAUCCAGAGGCUUUCCGAGGACUAGAGAGCAAACUAAAACGUUUGAAUCUGGGUGGUAACGACCUGAACAGUGUCCCUCAGAAGGCUCUAUCUAUUCUGGACAACCUUAAGAAGCUGGAAAUUCAGGAAAAUAAGAUACGAACUAUUAGCGAAGGAGAUUUUGAAGGCUUGCAGAACUUGGACUCACUUAUAUUGGCCCACAACAUGAUCACCUCCGUGCCUGCCAAUGUCUUUUCGCAUCUCGCCCAGCUGAACUCCUUGGAGUUGGAGGGCAACAAAAUCAGUGUCAUUGACAAAGAUGCUUUCAAAGGACUAGAAGAAAACCUGCAAUAUCUACGCCUGGGAGACAACCAAAUCCACACCAUUCCCAGUGAGGCACUGCGUCCUCUGCACCGUCUCCGGCAUCUGGAUUUGCGCAAUAAUAAUAUCAAUGUUUUGGCCGAAGAUGCCUUUACGGGAUUUGGAGAUUCCCUUACCUUCCUAAAUCUUCAGAAGAAUGACAUCAAAGUAUUGCCGAGUGUCCUUUUCGAGAAUCUCAACUCGCUGGAGACCCUGAAUCUGCAAAACAAUAAGCUGCAGCGCAUACCCCAGGAUAUAAUGGAGCCUGUUAUUGAUACUCUACGCAUUAUCGAUAUUACCGAUAAUCCACUGAACUGCUCCUGUGAGCUGAUCUGGUUCCCCAAGCUGUUGGAGGACCUGAAGAACAAGGACGACGAAAUGUCGCAGAAGAAGAAGCCGCUGUGCCACAUGUCGCUGGACAAUCGCGAGUACUUCGUCCAGGCGAUGCCCACCGAGAAGAUGCACUGCUCCGGCCUCAAUGUGAGUCCCUCGCCCACCAGCGGCGGUCUGAUGCGGAUCCUGCAAGUGAACAUCCUGGCCCAGAUCGCCGUGUGUAGCGUGGCGUUUCUGACUAGCGUUUAAUACGAAUCGCCAUUCGCUAUUCGCCAUUCGCCAUCUAUCUAUCUUACUAACUGUCUAUCUGUCUAGCUAGACGCGAUGUUCUAUGUGGGUCAGUUUCAGCUUCAGACAGUGAACUCUAAUCAGACAAAACCAAAACCAAAACCAAAAACACACAGAAACACACAGCCACAUACACGGCCAAGUGAUCAGUGAUAGAUGGUGCUUAUCACUCAAUGCAUUUGCCUUUUGAUUCGGUUUGAUUCGGUCCUACAAAUUCAUUUCAAAAUCCAGACAAAAACAUAAACAAAAACCAAAAUUCACCGACCACUCGAACCAUCGAACCAAAAAGCCAUUUCUGUGUUGUUGUAUUGUGUAUGUUUUCUUAUAGAUUAUAGAGAAUCCGUGAAUUAUGCAACUCUGCCACUAAUUAGAGUAACUAAUUAGAGAAAGCACGCUUUUCGCAGCCACCAAGCAGAGGGCGGCAGGCGGCACCCAAGCACAGGCACCCAACCACCAGAAGCCACCAGCCGAAUCAAAAAACCACCAACUCGAGAGAUUGCACAGUAGCUCGACACGAAUGGGGAUAUAUACAGAAUACAGAGAUAUAUAAGCGCUGCUGAGGAUUCAAGGAGUCGGCAGUCGGAAGUCGGCAGUCGGCUCAUAUAUUGAUGAGAUAUUGUUAACGGAUAUAGCUUAGUUGUAAGGCUUGAUUUAGGCGCAAGGGAAACCAAAAUCGAAACUCAAACAUAUCAGAAAUAUUGUUAUUAAUAAGCAAACCAAAAUUCGUUGUUAUGAUUACACGUUUUUACCCCAAGAAGGUCCUUGCCCGACAGGAUAUCAAUGUGCAUUAAGCCAACAUUUUAUUAUGUGUAGUCUAUCGUCGUCUUGUCGUCGGUGUUGUGAGAUACAAUCAUUAUAAACGCGUUCUUAGCAUCCUCACCUGAGAUCAUCCGAUCACCAACCUGUUCCCCCCGAGUCCCCGAUAUCAUUCGUUUUUGGAUCCUGGGCAGGAUUCCGACACAGCCGAGAAAAUUCAUUUGCAUCAAUCCCCAAGAACUGAUUAUGGAAUAAGUAGUUUGUACUCUUUAUUUGCCACCAACCAGGGGCAAGUACUCCCGACAAAAUCUUGACAAAAAAAAAGAAAAGAAACCUUUUGAAAAAGCCCCCAUUCCCAAAAACUACACACAACAAACAAAAUCGAGAAUGCAUAUCGUUAUUAUAUUGUUAUAUUAUAUAUAUCGUGACAUAUCAAGCUAAAAUAGUGACAUUUUAUAGUACGUUUACUUACAUUUUUGAGGCAUCUGGAUAAAGUUUAAUAUAUUUACGCAAGAGGCAAGAGUUGAAAAGUAGAAAAACGUGAAAUUAGCUAAUGUAUGUAUGUAUGUUAUUGCCGAGUGGAAUUUUUGAAAUUUUUUUAUACAUUUACUUUUAUACACAAAACAUACACGUACGUACGUUCAUGUACCUUUUUUGAUUAAGUUCCAAUUCAAUUAGUUGUACAAACCGGAUACCGUUUCCGCUCUCCCAUCCUAUCGCUUCCGCUUCCGUUGACCUCUCCAUCCGGUCGGUGGCUUGGGUCAGUAGCCACCCACCCAGGGGUGGGCGGGGCAAUGGCAGUGCUAACGGUAAAGCUAGGGUUUUGGUAACGGUAUCUAACAAGAAUAUUUUCAAAAGAAUGCGCUGCACCACCGAUUCGGGUCAGUUUCCUUUGGCAAAAGCUAUUCUUUUCAAAAUAUUACGAAACAAAGUGUAAGCCGGGCAUUCGUAAUGCUCUCCAUGUGAGCUAAUAUUCCCUAAAUGGGGAAUAUAUCCGAGAAUCCAACAAAUAAAGAAUCCAUAUUGGUUACAAAUGCAACA